UCCACUGCUUGCUUUGACAUCAUCUUUACCAAUAAUCUGCUGCAUAAUUAUGAAAGAUGGUGAAACUGAGAGGAAAUGCUGUCAUGGCAGUAACGCCAAACAUUGCCUCGCAAUUGAAAUUGUUCGGUGUUCAGGACGACAAAAUGAGAAUAAUCUUGGAAGACGAAAGUUUUGACAGAUUUGAAUCGGUAUUUGAUGCAUUGACGAAGGAAAUCGAAGUCGAAACAAUCACUUCUUCCAAAUUGUUUCCAGAGCCUGCAUUUGCGCAAAACUCCAUGAAUGAGGCAAACAAGAAUAUGCGUUCUCUUAGGGUCUUGUCACUUUUUAGUGGUUGUGGUGGGUUGGAUAGAGGCCUUGCAGGUGCAGAUGGCAAAGGAGGCUUCAAAACCAAAUGGGCAAUCGAUGCCUGUGCGAAUUCCAUCGAAACGCUGAAAGCUCAUAUGCCAUCCACGAAAACAUUCGUAUUAGAUGUAGGUGAUGUGUUGGAGCAAAUGCAUACUUUGCCCGGAAUGCCAAAGAAAGGCGAAGUGGAUGUGAUUCUGAUGGGAACACCUUGUGAGCCGUUCUCUUUCCUGAAUCGUUAUCGAUUGACGGGGAAACAAGAAACGGACCCACGCAGUCUUUUGAUUUCUACCAGUAUGGCUUACAUGGAUGUGUAUCGUCCACCAUAUGGAGUCAUCGAAAAUGUUUGCGGAAUGCUCGUUCAUGGCGAUUGUGGAAGUGUCAAGAAAGUUGGCAUAAUUAGAUUCAUUCGUGCUUGUCUGGUUGGGAUGGGUUACAAUGUGCGCUUUUGCAAGGUGCAGUGCGGCUUUUACGGAGUUCCACAGCACAGAUGGAGAGUCAAAUUCAUCUUUGCCCAAAAAGGUCUCACGUUGCCUCUUGCACCAUGCCCAACAACUCGAAUGGCAGGUUUUGGAGAUGCAGGCGGAAAGGGAGACGCCAUCACAAUUCACGAUGCAAUCUCAGAUCUUCAACGAUGGGAGUUUCGCAAUCCUCACAUAGUGUAUGGAAAAGAUUCAACUUUGAAAGAUGACCGACAAGACUAUUUGAAACCUUUACAAUACGAUUCAGAUGGAAUGACAACCAUUGGACCAUUUCAAAGCCAGUACGCUUCCCAUCCUCAGAAUGAUUUUCAACGCAGUGUAAGACCUGUCCCGUCUGACUCAGUCUAUCAGCAUCAAACCUUACCAGUACAUCUUCCAGCAAUUGAGAGAAUUUGGAACAUCCCGUUCACACCUGGCUCGAACCACCUCUCUUUGUUGAACGGUCAUGCUCGCUUGGCACUCGGUUCAUCUGUUGAGUUGGAGGGAGAGCAUGCGAGCCAGAAAGCAUACGGCCGAUUAGACUCAAACGGGAUUUUCGACAUCGUCACCUCAAACUAUACCCUUGAGACCAAACAUGGAAGAAUGCUGAUGCCGGAUCAAAAUCGAUUGCCAACAUUACGAGAACUAGCAAGAGCGCAAGGAUUCCCUGAUCCCAUCUUCUUUCAUGGCUCACCGAACCAGAUCGUUCGUCAGAUCGGGAAUUCCGUACCGGUUCCACUCGGCCGUACGAUUGGCAAAAGCAUACGAGAAGCCGCCAUCCAAGAUUACCUCAAUGGUGAUAGAAGGUUCGCUCGUCCAUCCUCACAUCAAAAAUCGUAAUCAUCAAACAAAUUACACUUUUUUCGUCCUUUUUACAAAAUAUAUCAUUUCAAUAAAACAUGAACAUAAACAAUUGUGGAAUGAGAAUGCGACAUAAAUGAAAUGGUAUGAAUGUUAUAAUGAUCAUGAAAGGACCAAAGCCC